AAUCAAUAGCGGGCAAACACGAGUCGCAGACUUUGGAAAAGCAAAGGCUCUUGGCAUUCCUGUUUACCUGCCCCACGUGUGGGCAGCCCCUGCACAGAGAACACCCCCGAACCGGGGACUGAAGGGGAGAGGGAAGGGACUGGAACUGCCAGACACAGGAUCAUCUCUGGGACUUCUGGGGGUGGAUUUUGAUCCAGCUGAGGAAAGCAAAUGAGGCAGCGAAACAACUUCUUCCCCAAAUGUCCAUGGGGUACAACCCCAAAGCUGGGCUGGGUGGAAGAGGAGCAGGAAGCCCGUGAGGGAUGGACAGAGUGAUGCGAGGUUACCGCAGCUGAUCUGAGCGUGCCGAGUCAUCCAGCACAGGCCGAGUUCGAUAAAAAGGAGCCCAGAAAACUCUCCCUGCCUCGCCCUGGCCCUGCUGCAGUCACAGAGGGGUCGCAGGGGCUCAGGGUGUGACAGUGACACCCGCCCAGCCGACUCGCAGCAGCUCCUCUAUUCACACAAACGCGGCUGUAAACAACAUCCCAGCAAUGAAGAGCUGCCGCCGAGUGUUUUUCCAUCCUGCGCUCGGCCGCUCCGGGCUGCACAGACGCCGAUCUGCCUCGCGCAUGGGGAUGAGGCCUCAUGAUGCCCAUUGAGAGGCUGGGCAGAUGGGUACUCUGAUCCCACAGCUUUGCUGAAGCUCAUGGCAGUGAAACUUGGAUUCGUGGAAUGAUUCUGCUGAGCUGCUCACGUUGCUUGACAUUUUUUGGCCCAGGUUUGGUGUUUGCAGCGUGGUGACAGUGCAGAGCUGAGUGCAGGGACAACUGGGAGAAAGCAGAGCCAUCACAUUUCCCAAGUUCUGGCGUCAGGAAUUGAGUGUGAGUUCAGGGAGGAUGUGACAGGGAAGAAAGCAGGGCAAGAGAAAUCCCUCAUCCUUUGAGAACCUGGAUUUUCCUGUGUGUCCACGACUUUGCGAGUGACACCACAUCACCCCUAGCUCAACCCUUCUCCUCCCUGUGCUGUGGGGUUCCUAUUUCCAUCACAAGGCUGCUGCUUUUCUCCUGGUUUCAGGCACAGUUCCAGUUUCCCCUGAGCUGUCAGCACAAAGGACACGGGGCUGCUGCACCUCACCCCAAGGUGAGGGUGGGAGCUGUCCAAGGGUUACUGUGCAGAGCUGGGGCUCAGCUCCUGGACGAAUUCCCUGUUUUGGAACUUAUUUUGGCAUGUCCCAGCUGGGGCCUCUUGUUCUGAGCCCUUGUGGAUCCCACUGGAGGCUGAGAGCUGCAGCUAGGGGCAAUUCUGAGGCUGCGAGCUCAGGUGGGUGGACUUGGAUUUUCCAGAGCAGCCACUUGAACCGGCACUAAAAAUUCAGCCUGAAGCCUCUCGUGCCUCUUUCUCAGUCUCUUCACCAUGGUCAGUGGUUAUUGUCUUCUCCACAGGCACAAUCAACAGACAAUUCUACAAAAUGAGGCCAUUUCUUACACAUUCAUCAAAACAAGUUGGGCGUUCAGAUAAAGAAAUGUAAAAACAAUCACAGAACUAAAAAAAAAAAAAAAGUUGCAGAAGGUGAAAUCAAGAUAAAUAUAAAUCAAAGGCUGCCCACAGCAAGGUACAGUCAGUGUUUGAGGUGUCAGCCUGAGAUUCUGGAGAUUGGAUUGAGUUCCCUGGAAUUCUGUGUCACCUUAAAGAAACAAUGGCAUCGUUCUUUCCCCAUUUAUAGGAUGCAGAUAACAAUUUCCUCCCAAGUGUAGGGUGAGGGUAAAUACAGGGAAUGCUGCACAGUUCCUGGAAUGGGGGAGUAGAAAAUGCCCUUGAGUAGAGGUUGUUCCAUGAAGAGGCUGGGCUUUAAUUUUAAAGUACUUUUCCUCUGGUUUUGGGAGCUGCAGCUGUAUCACAGAGGGUUGGAAUACACGAAUCUGGGGUUUCUGUAUAUUAAAGCCCACUAAAAAAGCAGCUUCCACACUAUUGUGUCCCUUAAUCCAGCAACAUUAUGCUAAUUUGUAUGCAAUUCUAUUAGGGAAAUCAGAUUACAAAUCUUUUGUGGAGAGCUAUUUAUACCACUUGAUAUUACUUUAAUUACAUUCUGCUCUCACAUCAUUUAGUGUUUUGUGCUCAAACACCGAAUUUUCAAAUUAGAGCAACUUCAAGCAGCGUUUUCAAGAAUAUCUGGAGCACAAAUUCACAGAUAAGUUAUUUUUAGCCGCCAGGAUAUUUUCAAAGCCGUUUUGCUUUGUGGAUAUUCUGCUCAUCCCAGGUGUCCUGUGCCCCCCUGGGCCGUGCUGCCACUUCUGCUGCGAGUGAAGGGAUUUGCUGGGCUGGCACAGAGGUGACAGAAAUAGUGGGGCCCUUGUUCAGCAGCAACCUCACACCAGAGGUGUGGCUGCCAGGGCUGCACCAGCUGGGAUUACAAAGGGUGGUUUAUCUGGGACACUGGGAGAGGAGUAUUUUGUAGGAUGUUCAAACACCCCCAGGCUUGAUUGAUCGAUUCUCAGCCCUUAUUUCUAUGUGAUCAUUCCCUUGUGACCAUUUGAAACACUUAUUGCUUACUUAGUCUUGUACAAAGUAUAAUCCUCAUGGGUAAAAAAGUGUAUUAAUUAAAGUAUUCCUAGUACACAAAACCUGGGCAUACUAAUUGCACAUCAAACCGAAUAUGCUCUCCCACACUUCAAUAGAAAAAAAAGCCCUAGAAUUCCCCUUUAUAAACUCAGAAUUAUAACCUAAUUUUCUUACAUUUUUAAUUUGGCAGAGCUAUCAGAGUUCACAGAUUCCCAGUUGCUGCUGCAAUGAUCAGUGCUGAAUGUGGGAGCUCAGCUGAGCUGCUUGGCACGGCCGUGGUAGAAAAUUGUGACCAAUGAAGAUGAAUCCCUUGGCAAGAAUACCACUGAAGGAUUUUAAGCUGCAGACGUGGCCACUCCUCUCCCCAGGCCCUGGCCAGGCUUUGCUCUUGUCAAAGGUUGCUUUCAGCAGCUCAUCCGAGUGGCAGAUGUGUUUUGCAGUUUGGGCUAUCCUAGCAACUCAGUGGUGAGCAGCAGAGCCCCGAGCUGGCCACCCAAUUUAAAGCAUUUAAAUCCACACCUGGUUAAAGUUUAAUCCCUGUCACGAUGAUGAUGUGGCAGCAGGAGCUGCGUGUCAGGAGUGAUUCUGCGCCCACGGAUCGAGGUGGGAGCUCUUAGGGAGUAUGGGAUGAGCAAAGCCGACCUCGUUAGGGGCUGAAAGGAGGAUUUUCCACCAUGAAUGGAUUCCCCAACUGCUCUGCCAACUACACCAAGAUUUGGAGUCACUACUUGGUGCUCGCCCUGGGCAUCCCGCAGCUGACCAUCAACGUCGCCUCCGUCAUCUUUAACUGCACUGUCAUCUUCAUCCGCCUGGCCACCAGGGACCUGCACAAGCCCAUCUCCAUCCUCUUCUGCAACCUGGCUGUCUCUGACCUCUUCACCAGCUUCUCUGGCUUUUGGAUUUCCAUGCUGUUCAUCACCAACCCCGACAUCACCAUCUUUGGCUCCAAGGACAUGCUGGCUCCCUAUGCCCUGUACACAACGUCCAUUCUGUCCACCAUCUACAACCUGGUGAGCAUCGGCAUCGAGCGCUACCUGGCCGUGGCUGAGAGCAUGAGGACGAGGUUCAGGGUGGCCAGGAACCACUCCAUCGCCGUGGUCUUCAUCAGCUGGGUCCUGGCUUUCUCCCUGGGCUGCCUGCCGCUGAUGGGCUGGAACUGUCUGCACGCAGAGAGGAGCAUCUCAGUGCUCUACAGCCCUUUCUGCGUCAACUACCUCGUCUUCAUCGCCGUCCCCAACGUCGUGGUGGCCUUCAUCGUCCCUCUGUUCACCUACCUGAGGAUUAUCAUCAUCCUGAGGAAGAGGAAGCUGAGGAUGCAGGCGUGUGGCCAAGCCACGGGCACCUACAAGUCGGCAGAGACCCAGGUGGCCAGAACCAGCAUCUCCAUCUGGCUGCUGGCGCUGGUGUCCUACACCCCGCUCUUCAUCGGGGUCAUCUUCGACGCCACCAACCAGCGGUGCCACAUCGACCUCUACCCCGGGGUCUACAUCUUCAGGAACUGCACGGCCAUGCUGAUCACCAUCACCUGCCUGGGCAACCCCGUCGUCUACACGCUCCGGCUGCGCACGCUGGGCGCCAAGCUCAGGGCGCUGCAGUGCCUCCCCACCAACCGCGUCCGAGCCUGCACCAUCGAGAACAUCUAACUGGGGACGGCCCCGCGCCAGCACGGGCCACAGACGGGAGCCAAACCCCUGCAGCGCCUUUGGGCGGACUCGGAAAACGCGCGGCCGUGGCCCUUGAGGCCCUUGAGCACCUUGGUUUGGCAGUGAACGUGGGGAAUGGUUGGACUCGAUGGUCUCAGAGGUCUUUCCCAGCCUUGGCAGCUCCACGGUUCCCUUGCUGGGGUGCAGAAAGCAGCCCAGGCAGUGGUGGGAUGGGGGAUGAAGCCUGGGGGAUCCUCCCUGUGCCUCUGCCAGCGGCGGGUACCCCGCUCUGCCCGGCUGCUCAGGGGAGCUGUUUUCCUGCAGGUAAAAAUAACUCCAUUAGCGGUGUUUACUCUGUGUGGGAACAGGCUGGGGCCGCGCUCGCUGCGCUCUCCUCCCUCUCGUGUGGGUUGUGGCUCUGAAGAGGGUUAAACAGCUGCAAAAUUCCCAGUAAUUUGGGGGGAAAUGGUGUUUUACUUUCUCGUUUAGUCAGGCAAACUGUGACUCUGACUGCUGGGUGGGUCUCUAUGAACAGGGGCACUCAGCACUGUUUCCCUGCUGUAAUUUUAAUUGCUGGAUGAGGUGUUUUUGUGAGAUAUUUUGGCUACACUUUCAUAUUUCUGCUUACAGGGGUGCACUCGAGUCCGUGGUGUGUGAAAUUUGUACUGUUCUGGGUGAAAACCUUGGCUGGGUUCUUCAGGAUCACAACUGCAGUCCAGUUGCCUGUACAAAAAGAAAUAAAAAUGUCAAGGCCAGAUGUUUUCUAAAAGAAAAAGGUCUUAACUUCUCCCUCUCAAAAAAAAAAAAAAAAAAAAAAGAAAAGAGUUGGUUAGUGAGUAUUUAUUUAGUAGAUAUUAUUCUGUCAGAUCCCAAUGGAGAUGGAUGCUUAUUCUUAGUUACACUGGGAUAUUUCCUAGGAGAAUCUAAUGUUUAAAUUUCUACAGAAGCCUGGACUGGAUAGAUGUUGUGACAUCAGCUCAUGUUUCUGGUUCUGCACUGCUCAGCUGCUGCUCUGUGGUAUUUCAUCAACGUACAGCAAUAAAAUUCCACGAAAAUGCA